AUUUACAAAAUGGCAUCAGUCAAAGAAAUGCUAAUUGAGAAUUUUUUUAAAGAAGAGACAUCUCCUCAAAAUAAGGUCACCAUUGUUGGAUGUGGUGCAGUUGGCAUGGCAUGUGCCAUCAGUAUCUUAUUGAAGGGCUUAACUGAUGAACUUGCUCUUGUUGAUGUCAUGGAAGACAAACUGAAGGGAGAGAUGAUGGAUCUCCAACAUGGCAGCCUUUUCUUAAGUACCCCAAAGAUUGUUUCUGGCAAAGACUCCAAAGUAUCAAUCAAUUCCAAGAUAGUAAUUAUCACAGCAGGUGCACGCCAGCAGGAGGGAGAAAGUCGCCUGAAUUUGGUCCAGCGUAAUGUGAACAUUCUGAAAAUAAUUAUUCCUGAUAUUGUAAAACAUAGUCCUAACUGCAAACUGCUUGUAGUUUCUAAUCCAGUGGAUAUUCUGACAUAUGUCACCUGGAAGCUGAGUGGUUUGCCCAAAAACCGUAUUAUUGGAAGUGGAACUAAUCUGGACUCUGCCCGUUUCCGUUUCCUAAUUGGGAGUAGGCUGGGUGUCAAUCCAACAAGCUGUCAUGGUUGGAUUAUUGGGGAGCAUGGGGAUUCUAGUGUGCCUGUAUGGAGUGGAGUGAAUAUUGCUGGUGUUUCCCUGAAGAAACUACACCCCAGUUUAGGAACUGAUGAAGACAAGGAACACUGGAAAACUGUUCAUAAACAGGUGGUUGAAAGUGCUUAUGAGGUUAUCAAGCUGAAGGGUUAUACUUCGUGGGCUAUUGGCCUGUCUGUGGCAGAUUUGGUAAGAACUAUGAUGAACAAUCUUAGAAGAGUACAUCCAGUUUGCACCAUGAUCAAGGGCCUAUAUGGAAUAAAUGAAGAAGUAUUCCUUAGUGUCCCUUGUAUCUUGGGGCACAAUGGUAUCACAGAUAUAGUGAAGCUGAAUCUGAAUUCUGAGGAGGAACAACAUUUAAAGAAGAGUGCAGAUACCCUCUGGGAUAUCCAGAAAGAUCUGCAAUUCUAA